GUGCAACAAAAGUGCAUAUAAUUUUUCUCCAACGAAAUGCAUUAAUUAUAUAGUAUAAACCACGUUUUGUAAGUAACUGUUUCAAGUGCAUGCGAUGUAAAUAUUAAAACAACAGACGAGCAGCAAUAACAAACAGCAAUAUGAACGACGCAUACUGUCUAUCCAACUAUAUUGAUUUUUCGCAGCAUUUGUCGCAACCACUGCGGCACAAUCGCAUCAAGUACACAUGUUUUGAUAUAUCCGACAACUAUAUCAUCUUUGGUGCCAGUUCUGGCUCGCUGUACUUCUUCAACCGUAAUGGCAAGUUUAUGCAUUUGAUACCAAAUAAGCAUGGACCCGUUACACAUCUGAGCAUAUCGGCGAAUAACAAGUAUGUGGCAUUUGCCACACAACGCUCACUUAUCUGUGUGUAUGCCGUGAAUUUGUCCGCGCAGGCAACACCUCAGGUGAUUGUCACACAUCUGAGCAGCGAUCAAUCUGUGCAGGUGAGCUGCAUACACUGGACGCCGGAUGAGAAGCAAUUUUAUUAUGGGGACACACGUGGUCAGGUUAAUCUCGUGUUGCUGUCCACGUUUAUUGGGCACAGUCUGAUGUUUAAUAUGUCUGUGCAUCCACUGCUGUAUCUGGACUCCACAAUAGUGCAGAUCGAUGACUUUGAAUCGUUGCUACUGGUCUCGAAUAGCACCAAGUGCAUACUGUGUAACACAGAAUAUGAGGAGUACAAGCAGAUUGGUAACCGUCCACGUGAUGGCGCUUUUGGCGCUUGCUUUUUCAUUUCACCACACGAGUCCUUGCAGCCAUCUCGCAUUUAUUGCGCACGUCCCGGCACACGCAUCUGGGAGGUGGACUUUGAGGGUGAGGUAAUACAGACGCAUCAGUUUAAAAGCGCGCUGGCCAUAGCUCCAGCUAAAAUACACAAGCCGAGUGAAAGUGAGCUCUUUGACGUUGAUGUGGAGGAAAUUGAAUCCAAUGAUGAGCUGCUAGAUUACCAGCCACAGCAGCUCCAGUUCGCCAAGUUGCAGCGCCUUGGCCAAGACUUUCUACUGGCCUACACUGAGUUGGGCCUCUACGUCUUCGAUGUGCGCAACUCCUCCGUUGUGCUUUGGUGUAACCAAUUUGAGCGCAUUGUCGACUGUCGUGUAGCUGGCGCUGAAAUAUUUGUCUUCACACAAACGGGCUCCUUAUACAGUGUGCAGCUGCAGACGUUGCAAGCGCACGCCAUCUCGCUGAUGCAGCAAUCGAAGCUGCCGCAGUGCGCCAGAUUGCUGCGCCAACAUGUGAAAUACUUUGCGGACAAAGCGCGUGAGAACUACGAUUUAAAAUUGCUCAAUCAGCUGAAGCAGUUGCUCAUGGAACGACGACAAUAUGAACUUUUGAAUGAUUUGUCUGUGGUCUUUGAUGCUAUAGGCGGACAGUUGGAUACGCAAAGUUCCGGUGGUAGCUCCAUUACCACAGAGCGCAGCGUGAGUGUUAGCACCACUGGUGUUGUUGGUAGCUGUGGCGGCGGAGGCAUCGGCGGCAGUGGCACUGCUAACGUUUCAGCACCACCUAAGGGCGUCUAUGUACUGGAGAAUGCAUUUUGCGACAAUUUGAAGCAAGCCCCCAAGGCGGGGCAGUUCAAAGACGCCUUACUAACAGUUACUGGCAAAUUUGGCAAGAACAUUAUUAAGUACAAGUUCAACAUAUUUGCUGAGGAGCAGCAGCAGCAAUUAGUGCGCGAGCUCAUACCUGAUAGUGAGCGGUCGCUGCCUUUUAAGGAUAUUAAAGCGCGUUACGAAUCCUGCGAUAACGACGAGGAAAUCGUGUGUCGCAGCAGUAGCAGCCGCUCCGCAGCAGCUAGGCUUGCUGCAUCUGCUGCGCCACACAUAAGCCCUGAGGAAAAGACCAUCUAUAAUCUGUACUUAAUAUACAAAAGCUCAAGAUAUGGCCGUACCAACUGUGUGGAUCGUUAUCGCGCUGUUUUUGAUGAGUAUACAGCCAGUGAGCUUAUCCAACUAUUGGCUAAGCUAGCGCAGGUCAUGACAGAGCAUGGCGAUAGCUUGGAGCAGGCGCAACGCAAUUGCUACGAAAUGUACUUUGAUUACUUGAAUCCAGAGCUAAUAUGGGAAAUGGACGAUGAUACACGGGAUUAUAUAGCCAGCGGUUUUGUGCUGCUUAAUGCCGGCACAGAGAUACUCCCGUGUGAAAGUUGCAAUUUCCCUUUGCGUUUCGACAAUACCUGCCACUAUCAUGAGCUGGGUGCAGUGCUGCUGCGUUAUUUCUGGUCACGUAAUGAGCAACUCAAGUGCUUCGAUGUAUUGCAGGCAGUGCCUUCACUGCUGGACGUACUAGCUAAAUUUUAUUUGGCUGAGCAUAAUCUGGACAAAGUGUUGCCCAUUGUUCUAAACUAUGGCUCUGAGGAGUUACUGCAAGAUGUGAGUCGGCACCUAAAUGUGGCUGCCUGGGCGCGUUGCUUUGAGCAUUUUGUGGACAUGCAGCAUGGUCGUCUAUUGUGUAUUAAUUGUGAGUGUGUGACCAGCGUCGAGCAGGAGCAGCUAAGUCGUCACUUUUUCUAUACGUGGAACUGUUUUCUGAAUAUAGCAUUGGAUCACUUGAGUGCGACAGACACUCUAGCACUCAUAUUCAAAUGGAGCUCUUACAUUCCCAGCGAUGCUAUUGAUCGGCAAAUCUAUACGCGUUGCCUGCUCAAGGGCUAAUCAAUCGAGCUUCACAUCUCCAUAUACUAUUUACAUAUAUGUAUUUACGAACCGCUAAUCUUAAUAAUAUUUAUUGUUGAUAUGUUGACAUUCCAAGCACUUACUCUCGAACUAUAGUUUCAACAUAAACAGCCAAUACCAAACGCAUUUACUCUGUAUAAAAAGUAUAUUGCAUAUAUGUAUGUACUAUGUAUAAAAAUAUUUAU